UGGUUUCCAGAGUGAAAGUGAAAUUAUUCUGUGACUUUGCUUCAGUCGUCAUUUUAACUGCGCAGCACAAAGACAUAAUGUUUUCUCUCGUGUGAUUGGUCACUGGACAACACAGAUCCACAUCAGACGUCCUCCAGGAAACAGGAAGGAGAUUUUCAAUCAACUGAGAAGUAACUCUUUAAAGUGCUUUGAAUAUGAUGCAGUGAUAAGUAAGUUAGGAAAACUAAUGACAACAACAAAGAGAAAAAAAAUGCUUUUUAUAAAUAAUGUUUACAGUUUACAGUGUACAGUAUAAAACAAGUUAUUUCACUCUGUAAGUGUCUGUCUGUCUGUGAGCUGACACAGACAGACAGACAGUCUGUUUCUCUCUCAGAAUGACUGAAGUCCAGCAGAUGAGUGAUUGUGUGGAGGAAGACAAGGACAGAGCAGAGUCUCCAGGACCCAGUGGUCUGUCUGUAAAGAGUGACCGGUCUAUGGGAGAACCUCCAGGCUUCAGUCAUGAACCUGGAGCCUCAGAGACAAAAGACAAGUUUGCUGUUUCUGUGGACAAGCACACGUCCUGCUGUCAUCUGUGUCAGGACGUCCUGAAGGAUCCAGUCUCCACCAGCUGUGGUCACCGGUUCUGCAGACACUGCAUCUCCUCAUACUGGGACCAGUCUGCUCCACCAGGAGACUCCUGCUGUCCCCAGUGUGGACAAAGACCCAGGACAGUACGUGGACCACAGAGCAUCAGUGUACAGACAGAUGUUGGUCUGCAGGAGGUUCUAGAUGAACAUAAGAUCAGUCUGAGGGGGAGAUUUGAACAUGUGACUGAAGGAACUGAUGCAAGAGGAAGUAGAACCCUCCUGAACAGGAUCUUCACUGAGCUCUACAUCACAGAGGGACAGAUUGAAGAGAUCAAUACUCAACAUGAGGUGAUGCAGCUGGAGACGACCUCUAAGAAGAAGAUGGUCCAGGACACUCCCAUCAAGUGCUGCGACAUCUUUAAAGCCUUACCUGACCAGCAGGGGAGCAUCAGAGUCGUCCUGACCAACGGCGUCGCUGGUGUUGGAAAAACCUUCUCGGUGCAGAAGUUCACUCUGGACUGGGCCCAGGGUUUGGAAAACCAGGAUGUGAAUCUGCUUAUUGUGCUUUCGUUCAGGGAGCUGAACCUGAUCAGAGAUCAGCUGCACAGUCUUCUCACGCUGCUCCAUGUUUUCCAUCCAACAUUAGAGAAGGUCAGAGCAGAGAAGCUCGCUGUCUGUAAACCUUUGUUCAUCUUUGACGGCCUGGAUGAAAGCCGACUCUCACUGGACUUCAGUAGCAGGACUCUGGUUUCUGACGUCACACACAGAUCAUCAGUCAACGUGCUGCUGACCAACCUCAUCCAGGGGAAUCUGCUUCCCUCGGCUCUCGUCUGGAUAACUUCUCGACCUGCAGCGGCCAAUCAGAUCCCUCCUACAUGUGUUGACAGGGUAACAGAAGUACGAGGCUUCACUGACGACCAGAAGGACGAGUACUUCAGGAAGAGAUCCAGAACUGAAGAUCUGGCCAGCAGAAUCAUCUCACACAUCAAGACGUCUAGGAGCCUCCACAUCAUGUGUCAAAUCCCAGUCUUCUGCUGGAUCAGUGCUACAGUUCUGGAGCACAUGUUGACCACAGAGCAGAGAGGAGAGCUGCCCAAGACCCUGACAGACCUGUACUCACACUUCCUGCUGGUUCAGACAAAGAGGAAGAAGAACAAGUACGAUAAAGGACAUGAGACGAGUCCACAGGAGCUGAUGGAGGCUGACAGGGACGUUCUUCUGAAGCUGGGGAGGCUGGCCUUUGAACAUCUGCAGAAAGGAGACAUCAUGUUCUACCAAGAAGACCUGGAGCGGUGUGGUCUUAGUGUGACAGAGGCCUCGGUGUACUCGGGAGUUUGUACAGAGAUCUUCAGAAGAGAGAGUGUGAUCUUCCAGAAAACGGUCUACUGCUUUGUUCAUCUGAGCAUUCAGGAGUUUCUGGCUGCAGUCUACAUGUUCCACUGUUUCACCAACAGAAAGACAGAGGUACUGCAGGACUUCUUCAGACAAGAAGAUGACAGUGAUGAUGAAGAUGCUGGUGGUGAUAGUGAUGAUGGUGGUUACACUUCUCUGGAUGUGUUCCUGAACGCAGCCAUGAAGAAAUCACUUCAAAGUGAAAAUGGUCACCUGGACCUUUUUGUUCGCUUCCUUCAUGGACUCUGUCUGGAAUCCAACCAGAGACUCUUAGGAGGUCUGCUGGGUCAGACUAAGAACAGUCCAGAAAUCAUCCAGAGUGUCAUCGAGAACCUGAAGGAGAUGUACACAAGCAACAUCUCACCUGACAGAAGCAUCAACAUCUUCCACUGUCUGACAGAGAUGAACGACCAAUCAGUGCAUCAGGAGAUCCAAGAGUUCAUGAAGUCAAAGGAUAGAGAACAGAGACUCUCUGAGAUCCACUGCUCAGCUCUGGCUUACAUGCUGCAGAUGUCUGAGGAGGUUCUGGAUGAGUUGGACCUGGACAAGUACUACACAACAGAUGAGGGAAAACACAGACUGAUUCCAGCUGUGAGGAACUGCAGGAAGGCUGUGUUGAGACGCUGCAGUUUGUCAGAGAUCAGCUGUCCUUUUCUGGUCUCAGUUCUGAAGUCCAACUCCUCCCAUCUGAGAGACCUGGACCUGAGUGAGAACUAUGGUCUGCGUGAUUCAGGAGUGAAGCUGCUGUGUUCUGGACUGGAGAGUCCACAUUGUAGAGUGAAGACUCUGGGGUUGAGUCGCUGCAGAUUGUCAGAGAUCAGCUGUUCUUCUCUGAUCUCAGUUCUGAAGUCCAACUCCUCCCACCUGAGAGACCUGGACCUGAGUGAGAACGGUCUGCAUGAUUCAGCACUGAAGCCUCUGUGUGAUCUUGUGCAGAGUCCAGACUACAGACUGGAGACUGUGAGGUGGAAGAAGGAGUGACGAUGAUGAUGAAUCCUAAAUCCUGCUCUGUGACGCAGCUUCAGCAGAUCUGGAACAAACAUCAUCUGAAGGACAAAAGUUUUUCUGUGACGUCACUUUUAAUGUGGUCAGCUCGGUCCUGUCGUCCUGAACCUGUGACAUUGUUGAGGAAUUUUUGGUGAUUUGAAGAAUGCUGGAUUAUUAGUUAAGGAGUGCUGGAUUAAUCAGAGAUUUUCAUCCAUGUCUUGGGUGCCAUAAUUAUUUAUUAUGGAUUAUUUCUUUAUUAUAAUGUGGUUCAGUUAUCUAUUUAUUUUCCUUCUGUCUUCGUUAUAAAGUUUAUAUUCUGUCCAUAAUGUUGUGUGUGUGUGACUGUCAUAUGAUGCUGUUCCACGUGAAGUUGAAACGUCAACCAGUGGAGUCGCCCCCUGCUGGCUAAGUACUACUUCCAUAUUACUCCCUUCUUAACCGGAAGACUUUCCAUUUUCUCCAAGUAGGUCGAGCUGCAGACUAGGGCCGGCCCGAACCUUUAAGGGGCCCUAAGCAGAAUUUGAUUUGGGCCCCUCCUCCAACUAUGCAGAGUCACCUGUGCUUGACAAUUAUUGACAUGUGUGAUGCCCUUUCCUGGCAUACAUGUUCAAUUUGGGUGUGACACCUUUAGGCUGCCAUAGCCAGUUACUGUGUGCUGAAGCAGCAGUGCAGCAGACUGGACAAGCAGUGAAAAGUUGCAGUCAUAACUUCGUUCCCACAGAGUUUAACAUACAUAAAUGUUAUGUUGAAUGUUAAAUGUUAAAUGUUAUACAGAACAUUUAAAGAGUUUAACAUAAAACAACAUGUUGUCACACGUUGUUUUAUGUUAAACAUGUUAAGGAAAACGAUCGUUUGUUUAGUUUAAUUUUACCAUGAUCGCAAUGCUAAUUUCGUUAGCCCGUCAAUGGCGUUUUCCAUUAUGUGUUAGCAUCAAGCUAACAGAGUUUUUCAUAUGCCUAUAGCAGCUUUGUUGGCUAUAUUUGACAAGGUUUAGACUUUAUGUCAUACUGUAAAUGUUGUAGAUGGUUUUGUAUAUCACUGUUUGUGAUUUAAAUGUGAUUUUCUUGUGUAUAUUUUAGUUUUACAGUACCUUCUUUUGGGAUGCAGUAAAUAAACCAGCUGAACCUGGAA